GUGACGGGCUCCGUGAAGCACUACCAACACACCGGUCACCGAGGCCGCGCGUUACCGACAUAUUUGGGAAAUGGAUUUCAGCUCGCGAGGAGGAAACUGGAGCCCGGACGGCCCCCACGUCGCGUGGUAGUCCAACGAGAUCAUAAGGCGCGUGGUCUGCGCGUCGGAUCGCCUCCGUGUCAUUUCCACGGCUCCUCCGGUCACAGCUCGCUUCGUGGUGUCGGCACGAGCGGCCGUUCAACUCUGUUCAGCUCAGUGUGUGUGUGAGUGUGUGAGUGUGUGUGAGCGUGCAGGUUUUCCUUUUGUGCGUAUGUGUGGUUUACGCGUGAACCGGCACAAUCAAAGAUGGUCACGUCCACACCGGGGAUCCUUCUGCUGCCGAUUCUGAUAUGUCUCCAGCUUUGCACUGACGUCCACGGUACAAAGACAGAAUGUGAGGCAAACCAGUUCCAGUGUGGAAACGGUCGCUGCAUCCCGUCCGUCUGGCAGUGUGACGGUGACGAGGACUGCACUGACGGCAGUGACGAGAGCUCCUGUGUGAGAAAGACUUGUGCGGAGGCGGACUUUGUGUGUCGCAACGGCCAAUGUGUCCCGAAGCGAUGGCACUGCGAUGGGGAGCCGGACUGCGAGGACGGGUCCGAUGAGAGUCUGGAGAUCUGCCACAUGAGGACGUGUCGUGUGAAUGAGUUCAGCUGCGGCGCCGGCUCCACUCAGUGCAUCCCCGUCUUCUGGAAAUGUGACGGAGAGAAGGACUGCGACAACGAAGAGGACGAGGUCAACUGUGGUAACGUCACCUGUGCUCCCAACGAGUUCACGUGUGCAAGCAGUCGCUGCAUCUCCAGGAACUUUGUGUGUAAUGGCGAGGAUGACUGCGGUGAUGGCUCCGACGAGGUGGAUUGUGCUCCGUCCUCUUGUGGUCCCAGCGAGUUUCAGUGUGGGAACUCGUCUUGCAUACCUGCCAGCUGGGUGUGUGACGAUGACGUCGACUGCCAGGACCAGUCGGAUGAGUCACCGACUCGUUGCGGCCGUCACCCAACACCUCCGGCCAAAUGUUCGUCCAGCGAGAUGCAGUGCCGCUCGGGAGAAUGUAUUCACAAGAAGUGGAGGUGUGACGGAGACCCUGACUGCAAGGACGGCAGCGAUGAAGCCAACUGUCCUGUUCGCACGUGUGGACCGGAUCAGUUCAAAUGUGAAGAUGGAACCUGCAUCCUGGGUAGCAGACAGUGUAACGGCCUGAGAGACUGCAGCGACGGAUCAGACGAAGUCAACUGCAAAAAUAUGACUCAGUGUAACGGGCCAGAGAAGUUCAAGUGUCGCAGCGGGGAGUGUAUCGAGAUGAGCAAGGUUUGCAACAAGGCCCGAGACUGUCCUGACUGGAGCGACGAACCCAUCAAAGAGUGCAGUCUAAACGAGUGUCUCCAGAAUAACGGCGGCUGCUCCCACAUCUGCAAAGACAUGGUGAUCGGCUUUGAGUGUGACUGCACGCCCGGACUUCAGCUCAUAGACCACAAGACCUGCGGAGACAUUAAUGAGUGUCUGAACCCCGGCAUCUGCAGUCAGAUCUGCAUCAACCUGAAGGGAGGAUACAAGUGUGAGUGUCACAACGGUUACCAGAUGGAUCCCACCACCGGAGUCUGCAAAGCUGUUGGUAAGGAGCCCUGUCUGAUCUUCACUAACCGCCGUGACAUCCGUCGUCUGGGUCUGGAGAGGAAGGAGUACACGCAGAUUGUGGAGCAGCAGAGGAACACGGUGGCGCUGGAUGCAGACUUCAACCAGCAGAUGAUCUUCUGGGCUGACCUGGGUCAGAAAGCUAUUUAUAGCACCGUGCUGGACAAAAAAGGAGGGGACGUCAGCUCUCACAACAAAGUGAUCGACAAUGUCCAGACCCCUGUAGGAGUUGCCGUGGACUGGAUCUAUAAGAACUUGUACUGGUCUGAUCUUGGUACCAAAACCAUUUCUGUAGCCAACUUCAAUGGGACCAAGCAGAAAGUUCUGUUCAACAGAGGCCUCAAAGAACCGGCGUCCAUCGCUGUGGAUCCGCUGUCGGGGUUUCUGUACUGGUCUGACUGGGGCGAGCCCGCAAAGAUUGAGAAAGCUGGAAUGAACGGAGUGGACAGACAGGUUUUAGUGGCUUCAGACAUCCAGUGGCCUAAUGGAAUCACUCUGGAUCUGAUCAAAGGCAGGUUGUACUGGGUCGACUCCAAGCUGCACAUGCUCUGUAGCGUCGACCUGAAUGGAGACAACAGGAAGAAAGUCCUCCAGUCGUCGGAUUAUCUGGCUCAUCCCUUCGCUCUCACUGUUUUCGAGGAUCGAGUCUUCUGGACAGACGGUGAAAAUGAAGCUAUAUACGGUGCAAACAAGUUCACCGGCUCUGACGUAGUGACGCUGGCGAGCAACCUAAACGACCCUCAGGACAUCAUAGUGUACCACGAGCUGAUUCAGCUGUCGGGAACCAACUGGUGUGCAGAGAAAGGUGAAAAUGGAGGCUGCAGCUACAUGUGUCUCCCCGCUCCACAAAUCAACAAACACUCCCCAAAGUACACCUGUGUGUGUCCGGAGGGUCAGGAGCUUGCUGCAGACGGCCUACGCUGCAGACCUGAAGCCAAUGUGAGCACCUCGAUCCAGGUGGACUCGACAGCCAGAGGUUCUGCUGCUGCCUGGGCCAUCCUGCCCGUCUUGCUGCUGGCGAUGGCUGCAGCAGGCGGCUACCUGAUGUGGAGAAACUGGACGCUGAAGAACCAGAAGAGCAUGAACUUCGACAACCCGGUCUACCUGAAGACCACAGAAGAAGACCUCAACAUCGACAUCACCCGACACGGUGCCAACGUGGGACACACGUACCCAGCUAUUUCAAUAGUGAGCACAGACGACGAUUUAUCAUGAUCGUCUUUUUUUUACGGCGACCUGCAGCGCUGCGUGGCACCUCCUCGUCCCCGUGCCGGCGGUUGUCCGUAAAGCAGCCACAGCAGCAGCAGCCCUUACAGUGCGACCACAUGCCUUCUGAAGUGCAUUUAUCAUCAUCAGUGGAGAGGAUGACCGGAAGAAAUGUUAUUUAUUAUGUGAAUACUACAAUGAAUUAAGUGUCAGAACUGUUUUCAGUCGGUGCGUCCAAGUGAAGACUUUUUGUUUGUUUGGUUUUUUUUUGCCUUUUGGUCUUCUGUAUUUUUGGGCCGUGGACAGCUUCCCAUCUUUUUUGGCUUCCCAUUUGUGAUCUAUUUGCAACAGAUGAGAGAACUGCGUGAAUUUCCACAAUUUUGAUCACUCUUGACGGGCUUUGCAAUGGAAAACUGAGAAAAAGUGCGCAGCAUUUCUCUCUGAAAAUGGAUCAGCUGUGCUGGACGGGAUUUAAAACUGGAACCGAGCCAUCAGUAUCCGGUUGUAAAAGGUGGUUUGAGACUCUUCCUUCGACCAUAUUCAGGGCGGUAAAGGAUGGGAGAACUCAGUCCACACUCUAUUUCUUGCUUCCUUUAGUCCAGCUGGCCCAGACGUGUGAAUAUUUCUGUACGAUCAUGUUUUUGGCGGUAAAACAAGAUGUAUGUUUUCUUUAAUUUAAUUUAUAUUUUCCUUGAAAUGGUACCUCCUGUGGUGCAUUCUUACAGGCGGUUUGUUUCAAUCAGUGUUGUUGUUAUUAUUAUUAUUAUUAUUAUUAUUAUUAUUAUUAUUAUUAUUAUUAUUAUGAUAGAAGCUGUGUAAGGAUCACCAUGGUUAAAGCAUUUGUAAACAUUGUAAAUAUGACUCCAUCAUGACAUUCGAUCAGGACUCUCCUCAAUGCACUUUGUUCUAAUGCUCCUUGUGUAAAUAAGAUUGUAUACAUUUGACUUGAAAUCGAUUUUUUGCUAUGGUCGGGCAUCGUACCAGGGUUAGAGUUCAGAUGUAAUUUAACAAGAAAGAAAUAGCUUAAAAAAAACGAGUAAAAAAAGAGAGAACUGAAUUUGGUAAAAAUAUUUUGUAUGUUUAUGUGCUGUUGCUGUGAACUUUUUCUAGCCUUGUACAGUGAGGGGAACUUAAAGAGGUGUGUAUCUGUGAAGAAGCUGAUUUGCAAAUCACUUGAGAAUUAAAACCUAAUCCACAACGUUGUUCAAAA